CGGAACAGGGGCGCCGAGGACCUGUAUUUUCUCGCCUCGUCGUCGGCCACGCAUCUCACACCUACCUCCGGAAGGCACCCGGGGCAGUUGCCGGGCCUCGCUCCUUCCCUCUCCCCGUAAUUGCACCCAAGUAUCAUUCCACAGUUUUAGGCACGCCGCCUUCUGCUGGGCCAGGUCCGGCCUACGCCCAGCCAAGGAAGGCCAUGGGCGACAAAUCGGCCGAGGUUCAAAGCCUCAUCCGAACCGUCCAGGUGCCUGCCAUCUCAAAGCCAGUCCUCCAGGCCAUCUGCGCCGUGAAUGGCAUUCCAAAGACGGGAAACAAAAGCGACCUUCAGAGACGCAUCAUUCAGCAGAUCGACGCGUGCAAUGAGAACCGGGACUGGGAGAGGCUCAACGAAAUACGCGAGAGCAUAGUGUCGCGUGCGCCGAUUUAUGUCACCCCGUCACUUGUCUCGCAGACGCAGGCGCAGUCGCAACCGCCGUCCCGGGCUCAACCACACUCCCAACCUCAGCCUCACCGGCCGCUACCAGCACCAGCCUCGCCCUACUACCAGGCCGCAGGCCCUCACACGCCGCCCAACUAUGCCAUGGCUUCACAUGGCCAGUCAGGCUACGGGGCGCUCAACGGGUUGCGGUCUCAAAACGCGCCCUUCCAAACGGCGCAAAACGGGCCGCGCCUCCCCGGUGGGCUGAACCCGCCGACCAUCGCCUACAAGCCCAGCCCCUUCUACGAGCUGAAGUACCAGGUCGGCAAUGUCAGGACUCUCAAGGUGAUGGCGGCGCACCGAAAUUCGGAGCGCAUCCCCGUCAGGGUCCAGGACCAUGCGGCGUUGCAGCUGUGUCUCGCCGACAAGACCAUGAGACUCAUGGUGUUCUGCGCUGCGGGCAACACGGGCGUGCAAGACGUCGCAUUUCCGUAUCAGUGCGAGCUGAAGGUGAACGGGGGGGAAAUCAAGGCGAAUCUGCGCGGCCUGAAGAACAAACCCGGGUCUACGAGACCGGUUGACAUCACGGACUCGCUGCGCCUGCGACCCCCCACGUACACCAACAACGUCGAGCUCACCUACGCGCUGACGCAGAAGAAAUUCUACCUGAGCCUGGUCGUCUGCAAGGCCGUUCCCAUCGAUGUUCUGGUCUCCCAGAUCCAAAAGAAGAUCCGCAAAGAGUCGGUCGUCGCCGAAAUCGCAAACAAGGCCAGCGAUCCCGACGUCGUCGCCACGUCGCAGAACCUGAGUCUCAAGUGUCCGCUCUCAUACAUGAGGCUCAAACUCCCGUGUCGUGCCGUCAGUUGCAACCAUAUUCAGUGUUUCGAUGCGACAUCCUACCUGCAAUUGCAGGAGCAGGGCCCGCAAUGGCUCUGUCCGAUCUGCAACAAGCCCGCGCCGUUCGAGCAAUUGGCCAUUGACGAGUAUGCGCGGGACAUCCUCGUCAGGACCCCCGAGUCUGUCGAGCAGGUCACGAUUGAGCCGGACGGCAAGUGGUCCGUGCCUGGCGCGAAGAAGGAGGCUACGCCAACGCAGGAGGCGAGCUGCGUGGACGACGAUGAUAUCGUGGUCUCGGAAAUUGCCAGAACGGGUGGGAGAACCACCACGACGCCGAGCCUGGCCACCGCGCCGACCACGCACCUGGCGACCCCAACGAGCGUCGCUUCUCGGGACACAUCUGCGGCGCCGAGGUCGUCGAGCAAGCGUCCGGCCGUCGAGGUUAUCGACCUGACGUUGUCGGACGAUGACGACGAGCCGCCGCGAGCCGUCAAGCGCGCGAACUACGGCGGUGGCUAUUCGACGGCUCCGUACUAGAGGUGCGGGACUCCCCAACGAACGCGGUUCUAGCGCACGCUGCUCUUUCGGCAUUGAACUUGUUGCCUCCGACUGAGGAAGAGAGUGUUUAUCAUGCUUGGUUCCUGCUCUGGGCCAUCGCGUUUCCGAGGAGUUUGCUCUUUUGGAGGUGAUAAAGCAUUGGCAGGCGUUGGGGGUGGGCGGCAUUGCGCAUAUGCUGUAUGUAAUCAUGGAUUCCCGGGUCUGUUGUCCGCGCAGUUCGUUUUGGUCGGCAGGUGGAGGAGCGGAUUGGGCUUCGCCGUGGCGAUGGUCGCCAGGGGCACUGAGGGUUAGAUACCACCAGGCUCUAGGGUGACACUCUGGUCACCAGAGGAGCGGCACUGACUAGGCCGGCAAUGCAGUGCCUUGCAUUUGUCAAAGGAGACUGUUGAACGUCCUCUGGUGCCCCGGGGUUGAUACCCGCGAAGCACGAACAUUC